AUGGAAACAGAUUUGCAUAGAGUGAUUUAUUCGAAGUAAGAAUUAACAGAUGAGCACAUUUAAUAUUUUCUAUAUUAAGCUUUGAGAGGACGUGUUGUACAUUCACUCGGCCAACAUCAUCCACAGAGAUCUCAAACCAAGCAAUCUAUUUGCGAUUUUGGCUUGGCUCGUGGUUAUGAAGACGAGAGUGAAUUUAAAACUGAAUAUGUAGUCACUCGUUGGUAUAGAGCACCAGAAGUCAUCUUGAAUGCUUCUGAAUACAACAAAUCAGUGGAUAUCUACGCCUUGGGGUGCAUAAUGGCAGAACUACUGGGUAGACAACCACUCUUCCCUGGCGAGGACUAUCUAGAUCAGGUGUAGAGAAUCAUACAAAUGUUCGAUUCAUUGGAAAUAAGAAAUGCCCUCACUUACUUGAAGAGUUUGCCCAAGAAACCUAAACAACAAUGGAAGAACUUGUAUCCUCAUGCCCAACCUUUGGCCUUGGACCUACUGGAUAAGAUGGUCACUUUCAAUCCAGACAAGCGAUUGACAGUUCAGGAGUGUCUGGCACACCCUUAUUUUGAAGGACUACAUAAUCCAGAGGAAGAACCUAUUUGCGAAUGCACCUUCGAUUGGGGAUGGGAUAGUUUCAAACCUACCGAAGCUAUACUAAAGUAAAUGGUAUAUGAGGAAUCAUUGUCAUUUCAUCCACUUAAGUGAUUUAUUUUAAUUAAUAUAACAUGGAUCUGAGUUCCUAACUAAA